AUAGAAGAAUAGAAGACAGAAUUCCAAUCCAUUAAUUAUUUAAGUCUUACUCUGGUUCUCCAAGACAUGCAGUUAGACUAUCAUUCACAUAUGUAUCACAGCAUAGAUCAUUAUUGGAUAUUUGUUCUUCUGUUGGAUUUCUGCGUCUGUAACUGUUUAUGAAGAACAACAUGUGUGAUUUCCUUUUGCCGUAUCUCAGGAUGAAUUGUUUCUGUUGCAUUCAUUGAAACAUGUCUAAAUCUUAACCAGGCCUAGCUAGGAAAAUCUGAAUAAAUGGAAUUGGAUUAAAACUUGUAAAAUGUUUGAGAGGAAGGAAUAUGAGAUAAAAGAAUAGCACUUAAAAGUGGAUAACACUUGACUAAGGAUGGAUAAAAAUUAAGAUUCAAACCCUGGAUUAAAUAGAAAAUGAUUUCCAUUUCCCAAGAAGGAUGAAGAAUGGGGAUUAAAGUAUUACACAAUUAAUUCAUUGAAGAGAUUCUUUAUGUGUCUAUUCAUGAAAAUAUCCUAUUAGAGACAAGGAUUAUAAUUAAAUAAAGCCAUAGAAAUGGAAGUGUUUUAUUCUGGCAUGUCAACAAUAAAUGAAAAUUAAUAUUUAAUACGAGAGAGGAAAUCAAGAUAAAAACAUGCAAGUUGUGUAUGCCAGUCCUAGAGUAGGUGGUAAUAAUCGGGGGACAUCACCGAUGCCAUCCCCUCGCCUACAUCCCCGUAAUCUCUCCCCGAGGGAUCAUCAGAACCGAUCUCCAUUUGGCUCUCCCAGGACCCCUAGGAGCCCAAGGAUGUUUAGGGGAUAUAGUAAACCCAUUAUGCCUGGUUAUAAAAACCCAACUCAACCAGCUGUGACAGUACAUAAAACAUCAGAAACACAACAGCAACAUGAUGAUGGGGGAUAUAAUCUCAAAGACUCAAUCCCAGCUCUGAGGAAACCCGUGGCAUAUAUCUGCCUUAUAUGUAAUAUUCUAGUCCCAGGAUUAGGGACUUUCUUGGCGGGCCUGACAGUGCUCUGUGGGAGCCCUAUCAGGCAGAAACAUACAGACAAAGUGAACGCAGUGUGGAUGAAUACAUGGAUAGCAUUAUUACAGCUCUUUACUACAGUUAUAUUCCUACUUGGAUGGAUGUGGAGCAUCAUGUGGGGAUGCAACUUUGUUACAAUAUCAAAUGAGUAUUACAGCAAAAGAAAAAAUUACAAAACAGAGACUCCUGAAAACGAUGCCAAUUCUUCCAAUAUUGCAGUGCUACAAUCUGGUAGUGAUUCCACGAACAAUCUUAUCAAUCAAAACCAAGUUGUGAACAACACAAACACCGAAUCAGCCACCAUAGAGCAACCUCCUCCAACUGAGGAUACAAGAAAUCAACAUCCCAUAAUAGUUUUACAAGAGGCCCCCGCAGUGAAUAACACUCAUGACACACCACCUAGAAAUUUAAAUCCAAAUAAUCCAAGACAUCAGCGUGUGCUGAGGAGGCAGCUAUCAAGAGGAGAAAUACCUCCUCAAGUGUUUUCUCCGGAGAGAAUUGAACAAAUUGUGAUUCAUAAUGCGCCACUUUAUGAACAGGAACUGCCAUUUGCGGGAUCUUUACUUCAAGAGCCAAGUUCAUCUCACCUGACCUCGAAAACGUAGCAGUUUAAAACAUAGCACCUGAUAAACAAAUACUCCACAGGAAAAUCUGUCUAAGCUAAUUACCUUUAAGACGAAAUUGUUCCGCUUAAGAUUGAUCAUCAAAGGGGCUGUUACAUGAAACCAUGAUAAUGGUUAAUGCCAAGUGUUAAUGCUUAAAAUGCUGUUUGUUCUUCUUUCAGGAUUGGUUGGCUUUUCAUGUUUUACAGCAGCAUUUUAGAAUAUACCACUCCAGUAAAUCAUGUCACCUUAUAAAACUGAUAUGAAGGAAUUUAUACAAAGGAAUUUUACAAAGGGGAUUUUGUGAAAAACUUUGUUUGAAACAAUCAUUGCCUUCGGGAAUUAUCCCUGUUUCUUUGAUAUAGCAAUGGAAGACAUGAUUUACUUGAAAUAUCUAUUAUUGACAUGUAAAUGGGUAACACAUGAACUUUUCAUGCUAUAUUUGUUAAGAAUGCAGAUAUUGCCAAAAGAUAAAUAGAGGUUAUCCUCUGAUUUAUGAGUGAUAUGA